AGGGGGGAAAUCAUUAUUGGUUACCAGCAUCGUCACCGAUUGAAGAGUAAAAUUGAAAAAAAAACUCUGAUUGCGGCUGAUGGUUAAUGUCAUGUAGAAUUAUUUGUUUUGGAUUUUCCGCCCACCCCCCUGAGCGUUACCGGAGGUGGCGGAUGUUCGGCCGGCGGUGGGGGCGCGGCCGCUCCGCUGGUUCCCCGCACAGCGAAGGAGCUCGGACGGCGGGGCGCUUGGCCGCAGUAUUCGUUAAAGUUUAAAAAUUAAAAUCGUCGACAUUGCCUUAGCCCCGCCUCCGCUGUUGGUCUUCGUGGCAGUGGGUUAAAGUUCGAGGUGGAUCUAAUCUCUGCCUCAACUGUGUGUUGGGAACUGCUUGACAGAGUCUGUUACAGUUCAGUCCUACAUCGUCCGAGAAUUUGUAGCAUAGUUGCACAAUGGAAAGUGACUAUGCAGAGCUACUGCCCCGUGUUUGUGCUGUGUUAGGAGACACCAACAAGUCAGUUGUUGAUGAUACCUGUUUGGAGAAGCUUCUUGAUUGUUUCCAAGCAAUAACAGGAAAUGAAACUGAGCUCUGUAUUCUGCAGAAGAAUCCAUGUCUGGCAAAUAUUGUAAGUGCUUCCAAGCAUAAGGACCUUAAUCCAAGCAUUUUGUCCUUCAUUAUGCGACUGACUGGACUACUUGCAGCUUCAGAGGAGCAUUUUUGUAAACUUGAGGCUGAUGGAAUUAUGAGCAGUCUGUUUGGGAAUCCUGCAAACCUUGAAACAAAAGCGUGGAAGGAUGCAACUGUACGCUGUGGAUGGCUCUUGGGUAUCCAGAGUAUGCUGCAGCAUGAAGCUGUGAUUCAUUUUCUCUGUAAACAUGACUGUAUCUCUGAGAUUAUAUGGCUUCAGAGGGAUCCAAGUAUAUUUGUGGCCUCAACAGCAAGUCAACUUCUGGCCAACAUUUUAUCUUUCUCUUUACAACAUUCUGAACUUGCUGCAUUGGAAACUAGCAGAAAAAUCCAACUAACUGACACAAUUGGUACAGUUACUGGUUUGGACUCUACUGUUUGGUCUGUGUGUGUCUGUGCAAUUACUGAACACAUUGAAGGUUUUCUGAAAUCCAACAUCACUUCCAACAUCCAACAGGCCCUGAAACUACUAUCCAAGGUUUCUGUAACCUGCAAUCCAGUUUGUAUUGCAUCAUUGUGGUCCAAGGUAGAAGGAAGUGUGAAAUUACUCUUAAAUGGUGAUCUGACUAAAAUUGGUCAACCUUUGGCAGAGCUUUUCUUGAAUAUAUCCAGAACAGUUCCAUGUGAAGUACUGCAGUCCAAUACCUGGGAAUUACUUAGUCUCUUACUGAGGUCACUGAAUCAGGCUGAAGCACUGGCAUUAGCUUCAGGGGUCGUAAAGCUCCAGAACUGUCCACAGGCACUGAGGAUGCAAGCUAUGGCAACGUUGUUCCAUCCACUGAAUUACAUCUUUAAUGUGACCAAGGAUACUACAGUACUGCUGGAUGAAUCUUCAAAUUGCAGGGUUGAUACUGAGCAUCAUCUUUUCAAAAAAUCAACCUGCAUCAGCUUGAUCUGUCAGACACUUUCGCAUCUCUGUGAAUUCUUACAAAUGCCCUCUCAGGUGAUAGAUUUGCCAUACCAAGCCUUGACUAACUCAGUGCUAACUAUCCUACAGUUGUGUAUUGGCACUGCAGUACCCACCACUUCAGCUGGUGUCAACAUUAGCAGACAUUUGAUUAGCUGCAUCAAAGUUCAGAGAGCAGGAAUGGAUGUUAUCGGUGCAAUCGCUCAAUGGACAGAGGGAAUCAAGGAAGUAGAGAAUGCAUUAAACCUUCUCCUUGAUUAUGUCAGAAACCCAGAUACAGACUGUACUGUUUUGAAGAAAACUCUCCAGGCUUUACUUCAAUGGAUUUUAUCCUGUAUUAAAGCUGAAGAUUCUCACAUGCUUGAAAAUAAGUUGCAAGAGUUUUUACAUGGAGACUUCAUAUCAAUAAUGAAAAAGCGACUGUUUGAUGUUCAUUGGGAGAUUCGAGACUCCACAGUUGAAUUCCUUGGUGAACUGUGCUUCCAGUUUAAAGAAAUUCAGAGUUUCUCUCUGUUAAUUGGGACCUGUGGACUCCCUCACCUUGUUUUGGAGCUGCUUUCAGAUUCUGAAAGUUACGUCCGUGCAAGUGGCAUUAUUGCAGUUGGAAAGAUGGACUACCUCUCUCCUAAUUGGCAAACUUUAUCAAAUGAAAGGAAUUUCACAGCGGUGAAGGGAAAUAUUCUUUCCCACUUGUUGGAUAUUUUGAACCAGGAUACGGAGGGCUUUCCUCGGAGGGCUGUGGUUAAAGUGUUUGUUGAUUGGGUGAAAAAUAGCCACAAGUUCUGCUCAUGUGAAAUGUCGGAUGUUGUUCCUGUUGUUUUGAAGAUCGGAAGCUAUGAUUUGGAUUGGGAGGUCAAACUUUAUAGUCUGGAGCUGGCAGAAGCUUUCAUAGAUUGGUCAGCAUUCAACUUAUCUUUAAAUCCAUACGCUAUUGCAUUGCCAAAUAACAUAUGUUCAACGCAAGUGAGAGGCUUUGUGCAAAAUCUCUGUGAUACAGGAAUUUUUGAUAUCUUAUUUCAUGCUUUGUGGGACUGUGAUAGACCAGUGGCUCAGAAAGCUUGCAAGAUAUUAAUGAAACUAAAAAUGAUUGUUUCACAUGCUGACAACAUAGAAAUUGCCAAGAAUCUGAAUGGAUACAAACCAAACAGUGAAAGUUUCAACAGUUGGCUUUCCCACAACGACCUAAAUUUGAAAAAUGUGAAUGACGUCUUGGAAGUUUUGAUAGCACUAGACUUGGAGUGCCAACACCAACACCUCGCAUGUAGCAGUGAUCAUAUUGAGAGUAGCCUUCGAUCUCUGCUACAAGACAUAUUGGCUGCGGCUGAGAACUCCGAGGAAAACGAUGCAGACUGCUACUGAUCUGCCAAAGUUGCAUUAAAAUCGAAUUGUAUAAGUAUGUAAAUUUUAUAUAAACAAAGCCAUAUGCAGCUGGGACUUGAAUAUCCAGCUUUAGUCAAAAAAUGUAUUUUAUGUUUGCUACUGAAAAUAAAUAGACUCCUUUUUC